UGAGCAUGGCGCGGUCCAUGGGACAUGAUAGAACGAGACGCCCGCAAUUGAAUAUCGAGGAUGAAGAGGAAGAUGAUCCUGUAGAAAAAAUGUUGAAAAAGACAGGAUGUUUAGAACUCCAUUAUGCUGUGCAGGAGUGUAUGGCUGACCACAAAGACUGGAGAAAAUGUCAGGAACAAGUAGCUAAAUUCAGAGCAUGCAUUCAGGCCCAACAAAGUGCUAUAAAACCUGAAAGUAAAGACUAAACAACUGAAGCAAAUGAGAAUAAAACAACAACAUUAAAUUAGUGUGUGGUAUUUCAUUUUUAAUUCCUGCAGUAAAGAAACCAUAAUGGACUUCCAGUCAGUUAUUUUUGGUAGUUUGUGAAAUAGUGUAAUAUCGAUCUUAUGAUUUUAUAAAAACAAUGCUGAAUGUUCUGUAAUAGGACAUCAUUACUAAAUAUUGAUAGCUGAUAUUUUUCAAGUUUCCAAUUAAAAAAGUAUUUUAUCUUUUAUUAUUUAUGUAAUAAAUGUUUUUGAUUUGUUAACAACCAUGUGGCAAAUGAAAUAUUGUUUUUCCAAACACAGUGAAUAUAAAUAUGAUGUAAAACAACUAGUGAGAUAGUGUACAUAAAAUGACAUACAAUAAUAACUGCAUUUACAUUUAUCAACCAGUAUGUUAAAAUAACUUUAUUUUCUAUCAUACUGAAUCAAAUAUUAAAAGAUAUCCCCUUUGAACAUUUUUUUUUCUUAGGCUGACAACUUAUAGUAUUUAUCUCAAUGAUAUAGUAAUUUAAAACUUGAUAACGAGGAACCCACUUUUUAGAAAAUAAUUUUUGAGAUGGCUUGACUGGGUA